UCCCUCCCACUUACCCUGUGUCUCCUCCCUCGGAUUUUUCUUAUGUCCCUCCCCCUUCCCACGGAGCUGCUCCUCCCACUCCCUCUGGUUGGCCCGCCUCAGGGGCGGAGUCAAGCCCUUCUCCCCGCCCAGGAAGGAAGCCAUCUUUUAGUAAAUUUUCCCACGCUACCUCUUCCGGUUCCCACGCUGGAGGACCGGAAGACAAUAGCGGAGAAAAUGCGGAAAUGUGCCUAACAGCUGCGCCAGUUACUUACCGCAGGACUCGCGGGGGUGACACCAAACCUAAUUGGCAACCGUUUAAUCAAAACUUAAUUAGAGAUCUAUGCAAAGCGCACAGCGAAUUUGGCAGGGAGAGUCCCUAUUUCCGCGGCCUCCUCCAGGCAGAUUUGGCCAAUGCGACAACCCUUCCUGCGGAUUUAAAACAGAUAUUUUUGUGUUUAAUGACAAAUGCCGAAUUUGAAUUAUGGCUUGCAGCAUUUAAGCAAGCACUGCAGGAAGAGUUGCCUCAUUGGCCACUCCCAGCAAUAGAUGAAGAGGGAAAUCCCCUCUCUAUCGAGUUGCUGGGGGGAGAAGGACCUUACCAGUCCCCACAGGUUCAAGCAGCUUUGAUCCCGGAAUCGGCCCUUUCAAAAUUAAAAGAACUCGCAUGCAAAGCCUUCUUUACACUCCAGCCGCGUGCCCCUCUUCCGCCAUUCACUAACAUCAAACAGGGGGAGGAAGAGCCUUUUGUCGAUUUUGUUGAUAAGCUCUCACGGGCUCUGGAGAUUCAAGUGAAAGAUGGGGGGGCCAGGAGAAGGAUAUUAGAGGAAAUGGUAUUUGUUAACUCUAAUAAUGUGUGCCGUCAGGCAAUUUUAAGUCUCCCCCCAGAACCACCUAGGACGCUCCAGACCAUGUUGCAGGUUUGCCAGCAAAAGGUUCCGUUCAUUCAGCAGCAAACACCUCCCACCUGCAAACCAGCACAGAAGAAGGUGCACGUCGCUGAGACCGGCAUGCAGCAGCGACCGCCUUUCCGGAAGUCAUUGACGCCCAAAACAUCCUUUAAAGAGAUGAGGUGUCUGAUUUGCGGUGACAGAGGGCACUUCGUCAAAGACUGUCCACACAAUGCGUUGGCGCACGCAAAGAAUCAGCAAGAGGCGUCUGGGCCAAAUCAAAAAAACUAGGAGGGGAGUGCGGGCCCGCCCGGCGCGAAGACCCCAACGGGGCGGGUCAGAAACAUCACGCAGCAGCCGUUUUUAGGGGUCAAUGGGAUUUGCUGACGAACACCAACUGGUUUGUCCCUCACUCCGAAAGGGGGGAGAAUGCACCGGAUGUGACAACUGUCUCCUUUUUUAACCCUUUUAGGCUUCGAUUGGUCCACUCGAUCCACCUGACAAACGAGGCCUGGAAAAUUACUGACGUUGAAUUGACUGACUUAACGGAUUGGCCGUUGAAACCACAAGUUUGUUACAGGUCAACCCAACCACCCCAACCAUGAAAGUCAUCUCCGACAUCAUCAUACUUGCCAGUCUCCUCGUGCUGAAUCAAGCCUGGAUCGUCCCCCAGCCCCAGGAGAACGUGUGGGCCGUCCUGGCCAAGUCGCUCGGCCAGGACCACAUUUGUCUGAGCCAAACGAGUGCCUCCAAUCCCUUGGCAUCCUGCCUUGUGGGGAUCCCGUUUAAAGACCGAGAAAUGCCCAAAAUGCUUUUAGGUUAUGCUCAAAAACUCAGACAAGAAGCUGCAAAAAUGGAGUAUGACCUAAAGCACGACCGCUACAUCAUUGCGUGGUACAAUUAUUUUAAGAGCCUCCCGAAAUUAGAAAAUGAGCCCCAGGAGCUUGAGCUCCUAGGCUCUGCUAAAGCAGCAUCUUGUUUUCAUAUUCGUAACGACCAUGUUCAGCGUCACCACCGUCAUUUUGUUUCCUCCAAAGCCCAUUUUAAUACCCAUUGGUGCAACGCUGUGUCUUUUAGUUACCCUCCAGCUCCCUACCCAAAGUCCGCUCAAGUCCUUGCCCAUCCCCGCCACCUCCCCAAGGGAACAUUUUUGAUCUGUGGAGACCACGCAUGGGCAGGCAUCCCCUCUCACCUCUCCGGAGGCCCGAGCACCUUUGGGACCCUCGGAUUGUUCUCACCCAACAAAACGCAAAUUUUAGAUUGGGUUAAGCAAAAUUCUACAAAUGGUGCACACCAAUUGGUACACUCUAGAAGGAAGAGAGAAGACUACUCUCUUAAAAAAUUGGCGGACGAUUGCGACGAAGAAAUUAUUCAUUGGAGUCGAUCUAAAGGAGUCGCAAUCACGGUUUUUGCACCGUGGGUCGCGAUUGCGAAAGCCCUCGGAGAAUUAGGCCAUUUGGAGUGUUGGGUAGCAAAACAAUCCCGUUUAACUUCUAGGGCCCUAUCCAACCUCCUGAGAGAUGAGGAAAUAACAAGGCAGGCAACUCUUCAGAAUCGCGCAGCCAUCGACUACCUCUUGCUCUUGCAUGGGCACUCCUGUGAGGAAUUCGAUGGCUUGUGCUGUUUCAACUUAACAUCGAGAGCCAAGGGAACGCGAGAGGCAAUCAAGCGGCUAGAAGAUAUGGUGGGACAGAUCCGUCAAGAAACAGGAGACUGGAUCAGCAAUUUGUUUAAGGGCUGGGGUGUAUCUGGGUGGGCCACUUCGGUUGUUAAGACAAUUCUUUUAAUUGUGUUCAUUGUUCUAGUUUCAAUAUUAGGGUUCGGGAUCAUCAGGAGGAUGAUGUUAAAUUUGAUUUCCACCUCCAUGUCUCCCAAAAAGACUGAGGUCCACCGGGUUGAGAUAACAGAAGAAUUUGAGGAUGCUGAGGAAGGCCCUGCUGAUGAAGAUGACCUGGCAGCUGAACUCGAAAUUGCUGUGGAAGAAGUUCAAAGCUUGCCGAGAGAGAGAUGGCCUACUCAGCAGCCUUGGUUUGUGGAAGCUUAUCCGAGAUCAGAAAUCCGGAUGGAUCCUCAGCACACCAGACUUUGGAGAUGA